CAAUGUCUGCAACUAUCAGCCCCGACGACGCCUCAGGCUCAGGUACUCUCUCCAUGACGAGAGCUCGAACGGGUUCAUCUUCAUCCUCCCCAAUUACCAUGUGUCUACGCUUAUCUGCUUUCUUUUCGCGCUGUGGAAAUUCCCCUGUAACCGCAAAUCUCUAGUUUCUCCAAUCUAGUUCAAGUUUAUGGGAGGUCGAUUGGCUCCUCUGGUUUGAGAUUUGAUGAAGGGCACGCCGUGACUUAGAGCUUUAUAAAGUGAGAGAUAAGAAGGGGACAGCGAUGGAGGCAGCCAAAGGAGGAGAUUUUCCUGCAAGCUCGGGACCUGAGCUGCCAGAGACUGAUAUGAAAGCUAGGGUUGCUGCUGUGUGGGAGAAAAUGAACAAAGGGACCUCUGAGCAGACACUCAGAUUCGUUUGCAAAAAGCCCAGUUCAACCGUGAAUAACACUAAACGCAAGACAUCCACCAAUUGGAUGAAUUAUCUAGGCUUGGCUCCUAAGAAGGAAGAAUCAUUGUCACAAGAGAAACCCCAGGAAAGGCCGAAUCUAGUCCAGAAUGGAAGUAGCGAUGAGUCUAAGAGGCUUGCAUCCGCUGCUCUCUCAGCAGUGAAGGAGGCAGCUGCAGCUGCUGCUUCAGGGAGGGGUAAAGUUGAGAUCACUGAAAUUCGGGACUUUGCUGGUCAAGAAAUAGAAGUAAAGAAGCUCGUGGAUUCUGAUUCAAAAGAGGCAUCUGACAAGGCCAGGGCUGCUGCACCUUCUGCUGUUGAUGCUGUUCUUGAACAAAUAAAGAAGAAACCGAAGCUGAGCGUGCUUGAUAAAACGAAGAAGGACUGGGGAGAGUUUAAAGAAGAAAACCAGGGGAUGGAAGAUGAGCUUGACGCCUACAAGAAAAGCUCAAAUCAGUAUCUGGACAGAGUUUCCUUCUUGCAACGAGCAGACUACCGUGAGUUUGAGAGGGAAAGAGAUGUACGCCUCGCCAUCCAUGCCAGGAGGAAGCCAGAUAUGCGGGAUGAGCCAUGAAGAUGGAACAGUGUUGACCAUACAUGCUGGCACAUCUUCUGGAGCCGUGUGGCCACUGCUCCAGAAGUGUGAAAUUCGCUAAAAGGGGACAUGAAGACCAGCCAUAAGCAAAGUAGUUAUCAGGACAGGUUUUGAAGAGCAGUUUCUCCUCCUGAAGAAACUGGUUUCUUGUGGGAGUGUUUUUUGGUCAAUUCCCUGUUUCACCUUUCCUCUUUUCAUCUGUGGGCAAAUGAAUUAGGGAAGAGCCCGUUUUCUGGUUAACUGGGGAAUAUCUGCUUUGUGGUGUUGAAUUUAACAGAUGAAACUCCAAUGUCACCUUUUAGAUGUAUUUUUCAUGAUGUUAGAAGGGUAGGACGCAUAGCCAA